UAGCCUCCCCACUCCUCUAAGCCGAUCAUGAGCCAUCAGCUCCUCUGGGACAGGCUUUAGGACCACGAAACUCUCACCAAAGGACCAAGCACAUCGGACACCAUGGGACAGUGUCGGUCAGCCAACGCUGAGGAUGCUCAGGAAUUCAGUGAUGUGGAGAGAGCCAUUGAGACGCUCAUCAAGAACUUCCACCAGUACUCAGUGGAGGGUGGGAAGGAGACGCUGACGCCCUCGGAGCUACGGGACCUGGUCACCCAGCAGCUGCCCCACCUCAUGCCGAGCAACUGUGGGCUGGAAGAGAAAAUUGCCAACUUGGGCAGCUGUAACGACUCUAAACUGGAGUUCGGGAGUUUCUGGGAACUGAUUGGAGAAGCAGCCAAGAGCGUGAAGCUGGAGAGCCCCGUCCCGGGGAGUUGAGAACCUUCCCCUGGAAUCUGUGGGAGGAUGUUGGGGAAAGGGGACCUUAGAGACUAUGGGCCUGGAAAUAAAACUCCUCUCUCCAGUACCACCACACUGUUCUCCAGCCCGUACCUGUCUCACCUCUGCAAGGUUCAGAUUCAUAAUGACCCUUCCUGGGGGUCUCUGUGUACUUCAUCCCUGGGAGCUCCAUGGAGCUAAUGGGUCCAGGAGUCCCCACCAGAGGGAGGCUCAGGGGAUGGGUUGGAGGCAGGGGCGGAUGUGGAGGGAUGCUGGAGGGAUAAGGAUGGUGUGAGGGCCAAGUAACUUGAUAGUAGGGGAGGGGCAGAAAGGAACUGGGCUAUGGGAAAUGAUUGAAGGAGAGAGCUGGGAAUAGGGCUGGAUAUUUGGUACUAAAAAGGGUCUCUAUGAACCUACCCCUCCUAAUCCCUUCUCCAACCCAAACUAUAGCUGUCUGUUCAGUGCUGUCCCUUCUUGCCCCCAGUUCUGCCCAGCCUCCUGCCAAGACUCUGUCCCUGGGCUAGGAUAGGGGAAGAGAGAGAGCAGGGUUGGGGAGAAGCUGAGGAGGGUGUGACUUUGGCAAUGAGAGGAACAGCUGGGUGCUUGGGCAUUUACAGAAUGAUGGUUGUUUUGUAUCAUUUGAUUAAUAAAAAAAUGGAAAAAGUGAAA